AUGAUCUGGUUUUCACCGUCACUGUUCAUUCUACAAAUAGUGUCACGAUUCACUUCGAAGAUUGUGUUAUCGCUUUUGUUGAAGGCAAUCGGUCUAUGUGAAACUACGCGAGCGCUAAAGGGCAAAGGGCAGAAAUUUAUCACGGGUUUUGCCUGCAUGCUCCAGAAGCAUGCUUCCGAAGACGUUGUCAAAAUGCUGCUUGGCAACAAAUGUGACAUGACAGAGCGGAGAGUUGUAAGCCGGGAAAGAGGAGAAAAGAUUGCCAAGGACCAUAUGAUAAGGUUUCUGGAAACGUCAGCGAAGGCUAAUAUUCAUAUAGACACAGCAUUCUACGAGCUAGCUGAAGCGAUUUUGGAUAAGAUGCCAGCACAAACCGAAGAGCCCAGAGUAACAAUCAAUCCACUAGAUAGUGGUAAAGCGGGCAGUGGAGGUUGCUGCUAG